AUGAAUGAGGGUAUGGAACAGCCGCACGUGACCAGAGGCUUCGUCCUCGCUGGGAAGACCAAAGCAACGUUGGCCAAAGGAGCCAGCCUUCCGUUUCUUGGCAAACCUGGCAAUCCAACCCGUAAUCAUUUCAUAGCAAUGUGUGGCGAGUUUGCAGGCACAUUCCUUUUCCUCUUCUUUGCCUUUACCGGCACCCAAGUGGCAAACUCCCAGACCCAAGGAAGUGUCUCAACCACCAUAGCCCAAGGAUCAAACCCAGCUCAAUUACUCUAUAUCAGCCUGUGUUUUGGUUUUAGUUUGGGAGUCAACGCAUGGGUCUUCUUCAGGAUUAGUGGUGGACUCUUCAACCCUGCGGUGACUUUUGGCAUGUGUCUGGUUGGAGCAAUGCCGUGGGUACGGGGUGGUCUUAUCUUCAUCUCCCAAAUCAUAGGUGGAAUAACGGCGGCGGGAAUUGUCGAGGUCAUGUACCCUGGCCAGCUCAAUGUGCGAACAUCAUUAGGGGCGGGGACAUCGAAAGCACAGGGCGUCUUCAUUGAGAUGUUCUUGACCACUAUGUUGGUAUUCACUAUCUUCAUGCUUGCUGCCGAGAAGAGCAAGGCCACCUUUGUGGCCCCGGUCGGCAUCGGACUCUCCCUCUUCAUUGCUGAGCUUGCAGGCGUCUACUACACCGGUGGCUCGCUCAAUCCGGCUCGCUCUUUUGGGCCUGACGUCAUUCUGGGUACAUUUGAGGACUAUCAUUGGAUCUACUGGGUCGGUCCUCUCCUGGGCGCUCUUCUAGCCUCUGGGUUCUACAAGCUCAUGAAAGGGCUUGAAUAUGAGACUGCCAACCCCGGACAGGACUUUGACGAGAACGAGACCAAGCUUUUUGACCCAGAGAGGGAUAUCGAGCGUCCUAUUGUGAAUGUCGUAACUGGUGGCUCUAGUUCUGAGCCAUCGAGACCCAUCAGUGGCGACACGCUCUCCGGAUACAAGCGAGAAGAUACCUCUCCGCAACACGACCAACCCCGCGAUGUAGCCCAAGGGAAUUCAAGGCACCAAGCACAGUCAUCCGCGGGCGCCACAAGGAGCCCCCGGAGACUUUCGUCGCCAUUGCCACCCAUUGACGCAGAGGACGAAAAGUCAAUCGCUCCCCCAGAUAAUCGGGACCACAGCAACACCAACGGGGUUAGUGGCGAGGACAUAAUCCACGGUGGACCGCACUACAGCCAGACCGCAAACAAUCUCGAUCCGCGUGUGCGAAGAGAGAUUGACGCCGUGGGAACUUAUCAAGCAGGACCAGACGUGGAGGCAGGUCAGUCACGCCUGUGA